AAGGGAGCAAAGGGACAGGAUUAACCUGAGGGGUGCUCCCCAGCUCCCGCAGGCACACACCCGAGGAUUCAGACGCGAGGCAUCCAAGGGGAAGAGUCUAAAGAAGGCAGAGUGUCCACAGACAGGAAGCCAGGCCCGAGGUCUUGUGACACUAUCUCCCUGGAACCUGCUGUCCACACAGAAAGAUGUCCUUGGAGGAAAUGAAAGGUCUCCACCUGCAGGGAGAAUACAUAAAACCAGAGACCAAAGAAGUGAAUGGAAUCCUUAUGACGAAGAUUGUAAGUGAUAACUGGGAUAAAAUCUGGAAUUUCCAAGCAAAACCUGAUGAUCUCCUCAUUGCAACCUAUGUAAAGUCAGGAACAACCUGGACACAGGAGAUUGUGGACAUGAUUCAAAAUGAUGGAGAUGUGCAGAAGUGCCAGCGGGCCAAUACCUUUGAACGGCACCCUUUCAUUGAAUGGACUCUACCUCCACCCUUCAGCUCAGGUCUGGACCUAGCUCAAAAAAUGCCUUCUCCUAGAACUCUGAAGACUCAUCUGCCUGUUCAGUUGGUGCCACCUUCCUUCUGGAAAGAAAAUGUAAAGAUUAUCUAUGUGGCUAGAAAUGCCAAGGACUGUCUGGUAUCCUACUACCAUUUCUCAAAGAUGUUAAAAAUGGUGCCUGACCCUGGUACAUGGGAGGAAUAUGUUGAAACAUUCAAAGCUGGAAAAGUGGUGUGGGGCGCCUGGUACGACCACGUAAAGGGCUGGUGGGGAGUGAAAGACCAGCACCGCAUCCUCUACCUCUUCUACGAGGACAUGAAGGAGGACCCAAAGCGGGAAAUUCAGAAGAUACUGAAGUUCCUGAAGAAAGACAUAACAGAGGAAGUUCUGAACAAAAUCAUCUAUCACACCUCCUUUGACGUAAUGAAGCAAAACCCAAUGGCCAACUACACCACUCUGCCCCCCAGCAUCAUGGACCACUCUAUCUCCCCUUUUAUGAGAAAAGGGAUGCCUGGGGACUGGAAGAACUAUUUCACCGUAGCCCAGAAUGAAGAAUUUGACAAGGACUACCAGAAGAAGAUGGCAGGGAGCACCCUGACCUUCCGCACAGAGAUCUGAGAGCAGCAGGGAGACAGCCUGGGCUUCCUUACUAGAUCUUAGACAUUUGAGGCUCUUAAUCAAGGUUUCCUACAACCCCAACACCCUUCUUCUAAUCCUGAGCUUUUCCACACUAUCUAAUCAUAUGUCACUAUGACAUACUUCAUUAAAAUGUAACCAAAUCCCAGGUAGAAGUUUAAGAUUAAAUUGCAUGAUCAUUCACACAGUCACCUACCACACGGUAAUGGACUAAAGGCAAAAUAAACGUGACUUAACUCCAUCACUAUUUGCAAUAGCCUGGCCUCUCAGAGGGAAAAUUCAUGAAGAGCGAGAAACAGGAGUGGAGCUUCGGCAAAAGAGAAGGUGAACCAGAGAACCAGGGAGGACGACAGGAGGGCACUGGAGAGAAUGUCAAAGGCAGCAGCUUUCAUCCUCAACAGGCAAGAUGAGAGACAUGGGGACCCGGCACUCAGAGAUACCAGGCAUGGGUCCAAGGAUGCAGUGAGGAGGGGAAACCCAUGUGCCCUGCCUGCCUUGGGUGCCCUCCAGCUGGAUAUGGUCUCAAGACCAAAGGGAAAGGCCAAAGCUGGGUGAUGAAUGGCAGGACCAGGGCAAACAAGAAACAGCCCACUUCUGGGGCCACCCACACCCAGAAAGGAGGGGAAGAUUUUAUAUUUCAGAUGGGCUCCUCAGAAAGAAAAAACGCCUUCCAUUAGCCAAAGGAAAAAUAGCACCAUACGCACCUCAAGGAAAACUCGUUGUCACAUCUCUGGGAAGAGCCACGUGUCAUGCUCCUUAAAAAGGCUUGUAGCAAAAUUGCCAGGCUCGCCAAGUUGUUCCACUACACAUGUAAGUGUGCCUGCUUCUUCUUUUUACUGAAACCUGUCUCAAGAAAGUCCCAUCAUAUACACAAGUUGUGCAAAAGCCAGCAUGUCAUUUUAAAAGACUAUCGGAAAGGCUCUUGUGGAGGUGGAGCCUUCCCGUGCUGCCAAGUCACAAGGCGCAGAAAACUUCUGCCCCACACGGGACAACAUGGGCUCUGUUUGGCUUCUUUCUCCUUCCUGCUUUCUAACGUAAGCAUGCAAAUCAUUUCCCACAAGACAAAGGGUCCGGUACAGUAUUUCCACCCAGUGCUGGUCUGCGUGAGGAAGAUGUGAACUGAAUCAGUGUGACUGAACAGCAAAUGAAUGUGUACCGGUGAGCAUCUACACCAAACACCUUCAGCUCUCAUUCCAGGAGCUACCUGCAAAUGCAGACAGCAAGCACCCUUUCUGCAGACAACAUGGCCUCAGCACAUCAGAGAUAAUGGUGACAAUGUUAGCAAUGUGUCUAGAGUUUGCAAUUAGGCAAAACUUGCCUUCCUUCUUUUAAAUAUUGUAAAAUUCUUUUUGCUUUAAUUGUAAAAAUAAAUUCCAUUCUUAUAUUCUCCAUAAAUUUCAGUCACAAGAAGUAUUCAUGGAUUUGUCUCUUAUAAGGAUCUGCUAAGUCCUUUUAAAAAAUAUAUACUGCAC